UCCCCAUUCCCACCCAAAACCAAACCAAUCUCCCCCUGCAAAUCUCACAAGCAUUCAUUACACUUCUCAACAAAUUUCAUAAAGGAAGUGUUUUUCCUGCUAAUUGCUCAUUUUCUUGGAACCCCUUGUUCUUUAAAACUUGUUUCAUAGUGCUAGUAUGUUGUAAAUUGAAAAAAACAAGAACCAUCAAAUUUUUAGCCCCUAAAUUUACUUGGCUCAUUUCAAUGGGUUUUAUAUGGAAAAUUUCAACUUGGGUUGUGUCUAUAGUGUUCAUAUUGUCAUGUAUUUGCAGCUCUGUUACUGCUACAGUUACUUAUGAUGAUAAAGCUAUCAUCAUUAAUGGUCAAAGAAGGAUUCUCAUUUCUGGUUCUAUUCACUACCCAAGAAGCACUCCUGAGAUGUGGCCUGAUCUUAUACAAAAGGCUAAAGAUGGAGGCUUGGAUGUAAUCCAGACUUAUGUGUUCUGGAAUGGACAUGAACCUACUCGAGGAAAAUUUAAUUUUGAAGGGAGGUAUGAUCUUGUUCGAUUUAUUAAAGUGGUACAACAAGCUGGCCUUUAUGUGCACCUUCGAAUUGGCCCUUAUGUUUGUGCUGAGUGGAACUUUGGAGGAUUCCCUACUUGGCUUAAGUUUGUACCUGGAAUUUCAUUUAGAACAGACAACGGGCCUUUUAAGGUGGAAAUGCAACGUUUUACAGAAAGAAUCGUCAACAUGAUGAAGUCAAAUAGAUUAUUUGAACCCCAGGGCGGUCCGAUUAUUAUGUCACAGAUAGAGAAUGAAUAUGGACCGAUAGAAUGGGAAAUAGGUGCUCCGGGAAAAUCUUAUACCAAAUGGUUCUCAAGUAUGGCUGUAGGCCUUAACACUGGUGUUCCAUGGAUCAUGUGUAAACAAGAAGAUGUCCCUGAUCCAAUUAUAGACACUUGCAAUGGUUUCUAUUGUGAAGGCUUCUUUCCAAAGAAGUGGUACAAACCUAAGAUGUGGACUGAAGUCUGGACUGGCUGGUACACGGAAUUUGGUGGUCCAGUCCCUUAUAGACCAGCUGAAGACUUGGCCUUUUCCGUUGUACGAUUCGUACAGAAUAGGGGUUCUUUCUUUAAUUAUUAUAUGUACCAUGGAGGGACUAACUUUGGCCGUGAAUCUUCGGGUUUGUUCAUUGCCACUAGCUAUGAUUAUGAUGCUCCUCUUGAUGAAUACGGAUUACAAAGGGAACCAAAAUAUGGACAUUUGAGACUCAUGCAUAGAGCCAUUAAGCAAGCUGAAGCAGCUUUAGUUUCAGCAUACCCUACAGUUUGGUCACUUGGCAAAAACUCUGAGGCUCAUGAGUACAGGGCAAAAUCUGGGGCGUGUGCUGCAUUUCUCGCCAACUAUGAUACUAGAUCUUGGGCGAAAGUUGACUAUUUUAAUAAGCUAUAUGACCUUCCUCCAUGGUCCAUCAGCAUUCUUCCGGACUGCAAAAAUGAAGUUUUCAACACUGCUAAGGUAGGUUUCCAUGGUUCUCAUAUGAAGAUGCUCCCUGUUAGUGCAGCUUUCCAUUGGCAGUCAUUCACUGAAGAAGCUCCAACUGCUGAUGAUGGUGAUACUUUCACAAAGUGGGGGUUGUAUGAGCAGUUAAAUCUUACUAGAGAUUACUCAGAUUAUUUGUGGUACCUCACAGACGUGAAUAUAGCCUCAAAUGAAUGGUUCCUCAAGAACGGAAAAGAUCCUAUUCUUACGAUUGCGUCAGCCGGACACACUUUGCAGGUUUUUGUCAAUGGACAACCGUCAGGAAUUGCUUAUGGAAGUCUGGAAAAUCCAAAACUGACAUUUACCGGCUCCGUUAAAUUGAGGGCCGGCAUUAACAGAAUUUCUUUGCUAAGCUCUUCCAUGGGUCUUUCGAAUGUUGGUGUGCAUUAUGAGACAUACAGCACAGGGAUUCUUGGUCCAGUUACCUUAAAGGGUCUAAAUGGGGGAACACGAGACUUGACAAAGCAGAAAUGGUCCUACAAGGUUGGUUUAAAAGGCCAAACUAUGAGUCUUCACACACUUGGUGGAAGUUCUUCUAGUAAUUGGCUAGAAGGAUCAUUGGUUGGUCAGAAGCAUCCACUAUCCUGGUACAAGGCUACUUUUAAUGCUCCACGAGAAUCUGGCCCAUUAGCAUUAGAUAUGAGUAGCAUGGGGAAAGGUCAAAUUUGGAUAAACGGCGAAAGUGUUGGACGCCAUUGGCCUGCUUACAUCGCUCGUGGUAGCAACUGUGGCACCUGCAGUUAUGCAGGGACUUACACUGAAAAGAAGUGCUUGAGCAAUUGCGGACAACCCUCUCAAAAAUGGUAUCAUGUCCCCCGAUCAUGGUUAAAACCAACCGGGAAUCAGCUGGUUAUUUUUGAAGAAUGGGGAGGUAAUCCAUUCGGGAUUUCACUGGUCAGAAGAACAUUGUGAUCAGAAAAUCGAAGCUGCUGCUGCUGCUGCUGCAGCACUAUACUAUACAGAAGAAUAUAAAUAAAAGUUUUUUACUUGUAUAAUUGUAUUACAGCUCUCAGAAUGAAACCAGAUAAUUUCCUGGUUCAUUCAAGCGCCCUUAAUUUGUGGUGUUGAAAAUGUAUAGUCAAAUGAAACACCAAUAGGCCAAUAUAGAUUUCGAAUGUCAAAUGUAUAUUAAGCCUCUUGUAACCAAAUAAGCUUCUUCCAAUAUAUGAAUAUAUAUAUUUUUUGUCU